AUGUCGCAAGUCGAGACGCUCGCCGAUGUCAUUGCCGACAUCAAAGCCUUGACGGUUUCUUCUCCAGACAUUGUAUCCGAGCUCACUCCCGCCUUUGAGAAAUACAACGAAGAACAACUGGUCACCGUUAAGCUGCCUGGCAGCAGCCAACCGGUCGUCAUCAGUUCACACAACGCCCUUGGCGACGGACGAUAUUACGACAAAGCUAGCGCUGUGAAAACCCAUGCGAUUGAAGGGCCUCAAGUCGACCUAGUUACAUCGACACUGAAAGGUCUUUCAGCAUAUGUCAAGGAGCACUUUCCAAACGCGUCAUACGGAGCGUAUCCCGUUGAAUCCGACUCCAAAGUAGCUAUUAUUAUCGUGGCCAACAAGUACAGCCCAAACAACUUCUGGAAUGGACGAUGGCGAUCCCAGUACAUAUUUGAUCCAGCUUCCGGAAGCCUGGAAGGCUCCAUCAAGGUCGACGUCCAUUAUUACGAAGAUGGCAACGUCCGCCUGCUUACCAACAAGCCCGUCACGGCUUCAAUUACUUCUAGGACUGGGGCCGGAAUCGCCAAAGAAAUCUCAGCAACGGAGAGGAAGUACCAGGAGGAGCUGAACAAGGGCUUUGUCAACUUGAGUGAAAACGCGUUCAAGUCGCUACGCAGACAGUUGCCAGUAACAAGACAAAAGAUUGCAUGGGAUAAAGUGAUGAGCUACAGGCUGGGACAAGAUAUCGGCGGGGGCAACUCUAAGGGAUCCUCCGUCGGAUCGAUGGGAUAG